AUGGAGGGUGUUGAGACUGUGGAUGUGAGCUGGCUUCACCAUUCACAGAAAGACCAUAUUUCUCGCUGCAAGUCAGCAUCAUCCCAAAUCAGCGAUAAAUCCAUCCCCGAUGCCGAGCGCAUCACUUCGCAACCAUGCAACGCACAGUGUACCACUUCCCUCAACACGAACGCCCCGCCACCCCCGCGAGAGCCCUUUCCUUCGGCCCCCGAUACCCUUGGGAACAAAUCGGGUGUGAGCGACCGAGUUGGAUGUGAAAAUGGCAAUGCGAAAGACGAAAAGAGCGCGGAGGCAAAGGCAUCUGAAUCGUCACAGACACCCCAAAAAAGUGCACCGCGCUCGAUCACAGGCAGGCGAAACUCAUGGAUUUCAAGCAUAAGCUCCAAGUUCUCCUCAGGAUCGACACCCCCUUCACAGCCGUCCAUGAAGCAGCCAAGUCCCAAGGCUGUAUCGCCAAUCUCGAAAAUGGACACGCAUAACCCGUUUGGAGCGGCGUAUUUCCCCAAGGACAAGGAAGACGAGAAGAGAGAUGAACCCACUCCGCUCGUCUCUACCUCUCCCAAGGGCCCGUCCUUUCUCCAAAGUGCUUUCCGAAAAUUCUCCUCCUCUUCCUCUGGUAAGCCGGUGCCGAACAGAGGCAUCUGCGAGCGUCGCGUCAUGAAUAUCGAUCGUGAGCGGGAUAGAUGUAGGAUCCCGGAUCUGGACCAGAAGAAAAUGAGGCGUGUAGCAUUCUGUGUCGACGUUGAGAUUGCAGGCAUAUCUCGGCGCGGUUCUGAUGAGGAGGGCUCGCCUGGUAGCAGCAAGCGACAUGAUGCCGCGGAACCGAACUGUCAGAAAGUUAAAAGAUCAAACUCCAAGUCGAAGAACAGAGAGGAAGCUGGUACUCCGAAGAACCAGCAACCCGUCACUGAUGACAAGGGAAGACAUGAGCAGGACAACAGUGCUCCCACACAAACAGCCAGCUCAUCGGCGACACAUUCGAAAGAAACUAAAUCGAAUGGGGAAACCAAGGAACCGACAAGGAAACAAGAGAAGAAGAAGCGGUCGGAAGAGGAAAGAAGAGAAAGAAAAGAGAGGAAACGGAGGCAGGCAGAGGCAAAUGGGACUGUUCCUAUGCAGCUGAGUACUGAAGAUCUGGAGGAUGAUCCUCGAGCUGUCGCCUCGGGAAAUGCUCGGUCUAAAACACAAAGCCACCCAACGACGGAUCCGGUCCGCAUCUAUCGGCGUUGUUGUCAGUUACGAGAAACGCCUGUGCUGAAGAAGGUGGUAGAUGAGAUCUCCUCGCCUUCCUCGACCCUCGCCGAGUCUCCUGGCACCGUUGCCGUCCUUGACCUCACCAACUUCCCAAUGACUCCCGAGGACACCGCCACGUUCUGCGAUUGGCUUGCUAUCGUGCCUGUUCGGAAGCUGAUUUUGGAGAAAUGUGCGCUUAACGACACAUCGGUGCGGACAAUACUUGCCGCCUUGCUUUCCACCAAGACCGUUGAACAGAUGAGGCAAAGGCGCAGAAGAUCCAGGAAGUCCGAUAUUCAGUCCAUCAGCAAAGAGGAUCGGUUCUGUGUUGUAGAGAAGCUGUCUCUGAAGGACAACCCUAGGAUUGGGCCCGAAGGCUGGCGUCAUAUCAGCCUGUUCAUUCAUCUCGCGAAAUCGCUGAAAGCCAUUGACCUUUCUGGCAUUCCACUUCCUAAAAUCCCUAUCCCAGCCAUUGAUCUCGGUACACCGAUACCGCAGACUCCGAACCCUACCACCAAGUCCGUCGCCGACGCAACAGCCAUCUUUGCGAAUUCGCUUGCCCAGCGAUUCGGUGGGGAUUAUCUGGAAGAGCUAUUGCUCAGCGAGUGUGAUCCCACAACAGAAGAUGUCGAGAAAAUCUGCGAGGCAGCAACGACACUUGGUCUAAGAAGACUUGGCCUCGCCAACAAUAAUCUUUCCCGAGAAGGCCUGCAACAUGUCGUUCGCUAUCUAGAAUUCGGGAAAUGUGAGGGACUUGAUUUAGGUGGAAAUCCAAUCUCCGAGCAUCUGGACCUGAUUACAUCCGCUCUUGAGGCAGACUUCCCGCUCUAUGCGCUGAGUCUUGCAGACUGCUCAUUGACCCCAUCGAUAAUUCACCCUCUGCUUCAACGCUUGACAUGCCUCUACAAUCUCCGAUUCAUCGACUUUUCUCAUAACCCAGACCUCUUCUCCAGCAAGCCGGAUGCUCUGGCAACCUUCCGACGCUUCCUUCCCAAGAUGGCAUAUCUGAAACGCAUUCAUUUGGCUGAUGUCAAUCUUGCGGCAGACCAUGCCAUCGCCCUCGCCGAAAUCCUGCCAGAGUGCCCAAGCCUCUGCCACCUUAACAUCCUAGAGAAUCCUGCCAUCACCAGACUCGCCGCUGCGACUGACCCUGCCACUCAGGAGGAGGCCUGUGCCGUAUAUGCAUCGUUGAUGGCGGCAGUACGCGUAUCUCGUACGAUCAUUGCAGUUGAUAUCGAAGUGCCGACGGCGGAAAAUAACGAAGUCGUGAAAGCUCUGGGCUCGCAAAUCGUGGCGUAUUGUCUUCAGAAUCUGGAACGAGGCGCUAUCGAAGAGGAGCUCUCGGAUCCGACAGACACCUCGGUUGUGCGUGACACUGUUCCAGUACCUGAAAUCCUACAACACCUCGUUGGAAGUACUGGUGGUGACGAGAUUUGCGAGGACGACGUUGAACCUGCUCCCGACGAAGACUAUGUCAUUGGAGGCACGGGUGUGGUCAAGGCUCUAGAAGUCUGUCUCGGCACCUUGCAUCAUCGCGACAUGCUUGGAGACCAGUCUGGUCCACCCAGUGGGACCACUACCCCUCGGCAACGGAAAUCAAGGUCGUUUGUGCCUAAACGACCCCGGGACAUGUCGAAGAAUCUGCUUUAUUCUGCCCGGAAUAUUCGUAUUCGGAUCCAAUCGGCUCUGGUUCGUGAAGAUAGAGCUGGAAAUGACGCGAACUACCGCCGACUCCAAUUCCUUGACUUUACCUUGCAGCGAAUGAUUCAGCGCUUCGAAGACGAAUAUCCUGAAACUUGCGUCAAGCCGCCCUCUGUGACAUCCGCGAUCCAAGAGACCAGCUCGCAGAAUUCCGGCGACGAUGUAGGCGGGGCGCCUAGUGGUAACGGCCAGCUGUUCGGCAUGAACAUCGAUGAGAAUGCCAUCGAUGACGAGGAAACCGAUCAAUUUGCGCUGCGCCUGUCUCGUGCCAGCUCCAUUACCUCACUCCAUUCUCGCGCGAUGACCUCGGAAGAAGGCCACGUUCACCGUCUUGGUCAGAAUCUUCGCCGUGACUUCCUUUCACCCUCGCUGGGCCAAGUGGACGAUGAUGGGUCGGCAACCCCUCUCGACGACUCUCAUCUGGCUGCCCUGCGCGACAAACUCGACCGUCUGCAUGUUGAGCAAACGCGUUCUCACUUCGAGGGUGCGAAUGCCGACAAGGCCUUCGAGGAGCUGGGAUCCACCGUUGAAGAACUUUGGGCCAUCCAAACACAGGACACGGAGGCAUUUGAGCGAUUCCGCCAGAGUCAGAUUGCUGCUCAGAUCAACAGCGGCAAGCGAAAUGCCUCCCUGAUGCCUGCGAAUGGCAGAGAGACCAAGCCAACCAGUAAUUGA